CUUCGUGGAUGUUCUCUCUGUGAGAUUUUUAGGAACUCCUUUCAGAGAGCAAAAUCCAGCACAAUGGUUGAACAGUUUUUGGGAACUUGGAAGUUGGUUUCCAGUGAGAAAUUUGAGGACUACAUGAAAGAAGUUGGUGUGGGCUAUGCCACAAGGAAGAUAGCUGGUGUCGCCAAACCCAAUGUCAUCAUCAAAUGCAACGGGGAUGUCAUAACCAUCAGAACAGAGAGCAGUUUCAAGAACACAGAGCUUUCUUUCAAACUGGGGGAAGAAUUUGAUGAAACCACAGCAGAUGACAGGAAAGUAAAGAGUCUUGUGACAUUAGAGGACGGUGUGCUGGUCCACUUGCAGAAAUGGGAUGGCAAAGAGACCACACUGAAAAGGAAAAUAAAUGAUGGAAAGUUGAUUUUGGAAUGUGCAGCAAACGGCGUUGUCUCCACUAGAGUCUAUGAGAAAGCAUGAAGUCCACAGGAUUCUGGAACAGAAGACAGCACUUGGUUCAGGGAGAAAAGUCUGACAUGAUUGCAGUGGCUUUCUUAAAAAAAAAAACCUGAGUUGUUGGCACAUCAACUCCAAAGCACCUUUGUAUACUAAGCAAUUGUGGUUAUUCAAUAAAAGUUCACUUUGAGAUGGGAAAAA